GAUCUUACAAAAAAAUAAACAACGAGAUAAACAAGAUGAUCCUGCUCCCACUGACCUUGGUAUUGGUCCUCGCAACUAUCUGCAUAGCAGACCCAGCGAUUAAUGAAGCUAGACCACACAGUAACAGGCCAGGAAGAUUCUUAUCACUUCCGAAUCCUCAAAAAUGUUCUAACCGACCUAAACAAUUCAAUUUCCGUGGUCACAAUUAUUUCUACAGCGGACACGUUCCCGCCCACGCUAAUCAAAAAGUCGAUUGGUUGGAUGCUAGAAACAUUUGUAGAGAAUAUUGUAUGGAUUUAGUAUCUAUGGAAACUCAAGAGGAGAAUAAUAUGGUCUUCAGACUUAUACAACAGAACGACGUUCCUUAUAUUUGGACAUCCGGUCGUCUUUGUGAUUUCAAGGGUUGCGAAAAUCGACGUGAUUUGGAACCUAAAUCAUUGUACGGUUGGUUCUGGUCGGCUAAUCGUGAGAAAAUGUCACCAACCAACCAGAUACCACCUGGCUGGGGUUUCAAUCCUUGGUCUCAAACUGGACACAAGAAAGUUAGGCAACCUGAUAAUGCGGAAUUCGAUAUCAACGGUACCAACGAGUCCUGUUUAUCUGUACUUAACAACGUUUACAACGAUGGUAUAGCUUGGCAUGAUGUUGCUUGCUACCACGAGAAACCUUUCGUUUGCGAAGAUUCCGAGGAACUCCUCAAUUAUGUCGCAAAUACCAACCGUGGUAUUCGUCUGUGAGAGCUUGUAUACGCCUUCGCAGGCCAACGUGAUGUCACGACGGUGGUCCUUCUUCUCAUCAGAAUCAUCAACACCCACCUCACCCCCCUUUUUUUUUUUCCUUCUUUGCUUUUACACGUUGCAAUAGAGAGACACCACGGUAACGUUAUAUUAAUUCAAUGAAAUUGGUACAAGGAAAAUAUUAUUUGAAUAUUUUUCAUAUAUUAGUUAUUAUUCUAAAAGGAAUUCGUUCUUAUUAUUUCAUCAUUUUUAAUUGGCCUUGUUCCUUUUCUUCUAAAGUCUAAAAAUUGUUUAUAAUUAUCAUUAGUUAUUACAAUUAAGAGUAUUCUGAUUAAUUUAGAUUGUCUCUGUGAUAACAAAAUAAGCAUUCGUUUUUCGAUUAUAUAUCAAUAUUUGAUUUUGUCAUAGAAAAAAAGAAAAAUGUCCAGUUUAUCGUAAAUGUGUCUCGUCGUUGCAACUUUUUCCUUCCUUCUCAUUAAACGAUGAAGUUCAACUAUAACUCUUUCCACUUCGUCCAAUGUGUAAUUAUGAUAUUUCCGAUAAAAAGUAAUUUUCAUUAUGUACACGUAUUUAUUGAUAGAUAUCUGGCUGACAGUUUCUGUACAUUUAUGAAUAAAUCGUAAACGUAGGUCUAGUAA